UCACCUUAUGAAUUUAAGCUCCUCUAUCGUGGCAGUCGAGAUGGUUUCGCAGCUUCAAAAUUCCAUGAGCUUUGUGGUUCUCAAAGUCAGACGGUUGUGGUCGUCAAGAUAAACCAAACUGAAAGAAUUAUCGGCGGUUAUAACCCUAGCAUUUGGAGUGGAAACAUUUAUGAAAGAUUGAUAGGAAAUAUUCGUGAAAGUUUGAUAGGAAACAAUUCUGGAAUAUGUUAUGGCAAAGACGCCCCUGAUGCUUUUAUCUUUUCUAUCAGUGGUGGAAACGUAAAGUUUUCACGUAGUGUUUCUGGAAAUCAAAUCGCAUAUGAUCCUUGUCAAAAUACUGGUCCCUAUUUUUUUAAUGAUCUAUUUAUCAGCGACAAAUGCAAUCAAAAUGCUUCGAGUUGGUAUGAUCCUAACUACUUUAGAACGCCAAAUAUAAGUAUAUGGGAUAAAAAUACUGAUAAAGAUUCCAAAUAUUUUAAAGUGGAUGAAUUAGAAGUAUUUCAGAUAAUUUUAAUUUAA